AAGCAGCUGCUAAUAUUCAGGACAGCCUCUUCACAUCAUUAUCAACAGAGAAGAGAGAACGCACAGGAAGCGAGAAGCACUCACACCACAGCAGAGCAGUGAAUUGUUCCCCGCUACACCACAGGAGUACAGGAAAUCGAAAUUGCCAGGUGUACGGACACUGUAGUUUCAGAACAAAAUCAGCAACAGCAAACAUGUUUAAGUCAUCGACAGCCAUGAUACCGACGUGCAGGUGAAAGAGAGGAAAAGUCACAGUCAACUGGACAUUUAAUAAUCUGGUCCAAAAAAAAGUAUAUUAAUAAGAGGCGAGUGGCUUUAAACAAUUUGCAUUACAAUUUACAUUUGGUACUGGGGUAAAAACCAUAGAAAGGAUUCUUAGAGCGGUUAUAGGCAGCGCGUGAACUUCGUGUGGAAACAAUGUCCAGAAAAAAGACGGUAAAGGGCAAAAGUAGCACCAGCAGCCCAACGACGGCUUCGACAAACAGCAAAAGCGAUGGCAAAGCCGGAAAGGGCAUCGUCGGUAGCGAGGUCCAGUCUAACGGAGUGGUCCACCCAAGCCGACCAUCUCUCAGCAACAGCAGCGAGUUUUACGAUAUGGCUUUUAAGGUGAUGCUGGUCGGGGACUCCGGAGUGGGAAAGACCUGCCUGCUGGUGCGCUUCAAAGACGGAGCCUUCCUGGCCGGGAGCUUCAUCUCCACCGUGGGGAUCGACUUCAGAAAUAAAGUGUUGAACAUUGAUGGGAUGAAGGUCAAGCUCCAGAUCUGGGACACGGCCGGACAGGAGCGAUUCCGCAGCGUCACACACGCCUACUACCGGGACGCCCACGCUCUCCUGCUCCUGUACGACGUCACCAACAAAACAUCCUUCGACAACAUCCAGGCCUGGCUGACAGAGAUCCACGAGUACGCCCAGCAGGAUGUGGUGCUGAUGCUGCUUGGCAACAAGGCCGACGCCUCACAGGAGAGGGUGGUGAAGCGGGAGGAGGGCGAGCGGCUGGCCAAGGACUUCGGGGUGCCGUUCAUGGAGACCAGCGCCAAAUCCGGCCUCAACGUGGAGCUGGCGUUCACCGCCGUCGCCAAAGAGCUGAAGCACAGGUCCAUGAAAGAGCCCAGCGAUCCCAAGUUUAAGCUGCAGGACUAUGUCAACAAGGAAAUGAAGAGCUCUGGAUGCUGCAGGUCCUAAACCUGCGCCAGAACGCCAGAAGAGGCUGCGUGUGUGAGGGUGUGUGUGUGUGUGUGUGUGUGAGGCUGCGUGUGUGAGGGUGUGUGUGUGUGUGUGUGUGCGUGGGUGGGUGCAUGUGUGUGUGUGUUUGCACGGGUGCAUACUGUAUGCUCAUGUAUGUGUUUGUGUGAAUGUAUGCCUGUUUGUCUGUCCGAGUACAGAAGUGUGUUUGGAUGUGUUAGUCUGGCAACCUGCCACAGUGCAGGUGUUUGUCUGUGUGUGUGUGUGUGUGUGUGUCCGUGUGUGUGUGUGUGUGUCAGUCUGUCUGGGUGCAGUUGUGUGUGUGAGUGAGAGAUAGCGAGAGAGAUCCUAGCAUUCCAGUCUCUGUUACGGAUGGUCACAUUAUUUCAGAGGAGAGGUGUGAGUGUGACAUCAGCCAUCUGUCACCGUCCUGCAUGGAGCGGAUCACACAGUGACCAUGCCGACCAUCACUCACUUUCCUCUGAGCCCAAUGACUGUGAUUUCUUCCCCCGCCUCCCGUCCCUGUGCCCGCCCCCCGUCCUGCCCCUGCCCCGCCCCAGCUCUGCUCUGCCCACCUCCCUCUACAGCUGUGAAUGUAUCCCAGGAUGACAGGCCUUUAAAAAGCACCCCUACACUCACGGUGUCACCCUCUGCCAAACACUCUCUCACCCCCUAGGGUCAAAUACCUCAGAUUGCAUGACCCCCAGAAUUACAGUAAAUACCCCAGGCUCUGUUUCGCCUACAGUUAAUUACCCUAGACUGUGUUCCUUCCCUACGGUUAAAUGCUCUAAACUAUGUUUCCCCCACAGUAUAAAAGACCUGACUGUGUUACCUCCAGUUAGCAUCAUUCCCAUAUUUAAAUACCCCAGGCUGUGUUAACCCCAUGUUUAAAUGCCCCUGUCUGUGUUACCCCCAAGGAUAAAUUCAGCAUACUGUGUCACCUCAAGUUAAAUGACCCCAGAUUGUGUUACCCCUGUAGCUGUAUACCCCAGGCUGUGUUACCCUGUGGUUAAAUAUACCAUGCUGCCGUACUGCCCCAGUGUGAGCUGUGCUUUCUUGUGCCGCUGUUAAGACUCACAGCUUUGUAAAAGAGAUGGAUGUGCUUGCAGUGACAGUGUCCACCGCAGUCAUCAUCGCCAUGGCAUCGGCUGUCACUCAGAACCCACACCAUCGCAAAUACUGUGCACUGUAUGUAAGGCUGUGUAACUGUACUCCCAUUAGCAUCGGUGAAACUCACCAUCAUUUCUUACAUGGGGUCUGUCUCUGUGAGCCACGGGGGGGGGGGGUGUUCCACAGACCCCGGCCCCCUCCUGGUGGAAGACUAAGGAUAGGAUAGUUAGGAUAGUUCUCCUGCUUUUUCAGGGGCUAUUACUCCAUUGUAAUUUUUGUUUUCCUCAAGCUGGAAUUAACAAAAUCUAAAAGGGGGACUGAGAUAACAGGAGCUACUCGGUAGGACUAUUUCGAAAGCCAGCGAGCCAACACAAAUUUCAGGCCAAUAUCAUAUCAGACCAGGGGUUGGGGAGCGACCUCACUACCAUUCAGCAAUACGGUGACUGUAGAACAGAGGGCCCGUUUGCUCAUUUCGACAGAAGGGCACGGGUUUGAAUCCCGCCGGGGGCAGUGUUUGUCGUAGCCUUCAGCGUGCUUCUUAGCCUGCACUGUUCCAGUACAUAGCUUCAUACAUGUUUCAGUACAAGCAGUAUAUAGCAAUGCCGUGUGAAACGUUAUGUACAGUAAUGUCCAGUGGUCCUCUUAGCGUGUAAGAGCAUGUUCUAGGUGAAUAGGUUCGUUCGUAUUUGAUCCCGGGCCUACUCUGGCAACAGCACACCCUGCGGCGACUCCCAAAAUGGGACAAGCUUUGCACCAUUUGCUGUCACUGGUACCGCUUUGAACCAAUCGUAGUGAUUUUUCUUUUGAGAGCCAAGUCUCAUUGGUUCAUCCCAGCCUGUGAAUGGCAGCACAUGGCAGCCCUACCCUUUUGGGCAUUUACAAUAAUACUCAGUCCAAUCAUUGGUUAGUCUCUUGUCCAACAGGAGUCCCAUUAAGGGUGGAUGUGGGGGGGGGGGGUGGAGGCACCAUUACCUUGGUAAUGGCUGGAGCCACAUUCUGCCAAUCACCACCCAUCACCUCAGAACCAAAACUUUUUAAACUGCUCGCCAAGGCAAAAUACAUUGGGUUCACAUCUGUAAGUCAUUUGACAGCACGCGAUGGCUCCACCCAUUUUAAGGUUCAUGAAGCCUCACUCUCCCACUGUUCCCGCCAGUUACCGAGAUCCGCUGGUUUGAACCCAUGCCGGUUCGGGCCGUGAAGCCCCCCUAAAACAAAGAGCACGCCGGUUUACCACAGCGACAGGAGCGGGUCACCGUGACGUUACCUGUGACGUUCUGGCAGGCAGUCGCCUUCCUUUCAAAACAGAAAUGACAUCAAGGAAAACGUGUACAUACAAUACCAUUAUUUUGUACAGAGUAUAUAAAUAUCUGUAGCUUAAUCGUUUGCAUUACUUGUUCCGCAAGUGGUUAUUUUCCAAAGCCUUAGAAAUGAAAAUGCUUUAGUGAUGUAGAAAUAUAGAUGUUACCACACUGCAGGUAAGGGGUACCCUGGAAACUGCAGGAAGGGGUUCCCUGGAAACUGCAGGAAGGGGGACGGACCAAGCGAAAACCGUGUCACUGAAAAAAAUUAAAAACCUUGGUACUCUGUCAUUUUGUAUCAGUGUUGUACAGCAACUUGAAAUACGAAAAAUAAUUAAUAAAAGGGACACGUUUAAUUUUUAUUUUUUGCAAUAUUUCAGAGGCUACAGUAUUUUGUCGUUGAGUCUAAGAAAUGUGGACCGCUGCUUUAUUUAUAAAAUGUAUGAAUAUGCUGCAUAUACUGUGUAAAGAUCUUUGCAUUUGCCAUCCCACAGUAAUACAGCAAAAUCAUCUUUUUAGGAUCUGUCUUACCAGAUUAUCUCUUACUUUGAGAAGAUUCUGAUUUUUUUAGAUGGUUGCUACAGUGUAAUAACAGUGUUUGAUGUGAUUGCCUAAUGUAUUUGACUGUAUUUUCAACCCAAGAUUCGUAAUUUAUUAUUACUAAAAUUACUAUCAAUACCACAUUAAAUAGAAAUGUACAGAAUUUACAAUAUGUCUAGUCUAAAAGGUCAGUGUAUUGUGGCCAUCUUGGAAAUGUACCUUUUUUUGCAGAAAUUUUCAGUGUGCUUGUACCUUAAACCUAAUUAAAAACCCGAAUUUAAUAAAGAUUACGAGCAACAGGCUCUGAGCGUU